AUGGCAGCCGAGCAGCCAACUACACUGGCGGGGGUAUUACUCACAGAUGUGUGGCGCGGCCCCCUCCUCGCCACAAGCCGGACGAGCGAGCGGCUGGGACAUAUCGACUUUGCUAUGGUGGUGCCGCCCGUUCGGGCAUUCAUAUACUAUAUGUUGUGCCCAUUUUUAUGUUAUCCCGUCGCCGCACUUCAUUUGUGGGGCUAUUACCGGUGCUUGAAGACUCUCGUGCUCCCAAAGCCCUACAAGGAGGAACGCUACGCCUCGCAUGUGAUAUAUGGUGUGCAGAAGCGCGUGUAUGAUAGCCGUCAGAAGCGACUCCACGAAACGGCUGUAACAGAUGCCCAGGAGAUUCAGCGCGCGCUACAAGUUGCCGAUGGGGAACGAAACCACUUUGUAGACGAUCCAAGCGCACCUGGUGUGGCGUACUAUGUUGUGGAGCAGAGGAUUAUGAGAGCUGAGGCAAUCUUCACUGGUGAGAAUUGGGCGUGGGCGUUCAUAUCAGACAGCUGCAGGUAUCUUAGCCCCGUGGUUCUCGCCUACCUUUUUGUUCCUUCGUGUCGUCGUUUGAAAGUUGACCUGAAACUCUGGUCGCAGGGGCGGCUGCGAUGGAGGCAACUGCGACAUCCCGUGUUGAAUUUCUUCAAAUCAUAUCGUGACUACAAUGACGCAAUUACUCGUAUAAACAUCACAAAGCCACCACCGAAGGGGAAGCAACCAUGGACGACGAACCUGUAG